AUGGUUUUUAAAGUAAAAUAUGCUUGUCUUGCAAUUUUCCAAGUGAUUAUCAUUUCUGACGCUACCACUACUAUUUUUAAUAAUGACACCGAACUUAUACAAGAAUUAGAAGUUUCAGGAAAUAGGUCGGGAAGAUUUUUCGGUGUAGGAUUAGUACGAUUUGCAAACUCUGGAUGUACAAGUGGAAGUUUGUUGUUAGGAACGUGUCUUAGAAAACGGCAAUGUAGCGAUAUUAGUGGUACAGCAUCUGGAUCUUGUGCUAGUGGUAUUGGUGUAUGCUGUGUCAUUAUUAGAAGUUGUGGAGAUACGUCUGCAUAUAACAGUACUUAUUUUACGAAUACGAAUUAUCCAGCAUCAAUUACAACAAGUACGCGAUGUGUUAUGACAAUAGAAAAAGCCUCAAGUGACAUCUGCCAGGUUCGAAUUGAUUUUCUCAAUUUUAUAUUGUCCCAACCUAAUGCAACUGGAGUGUGUACCACGGAUGCUUUAUAUGUAACUGGAGGUGCAGGUCUAGUACCAGUAUUAUGCGGCGAUAACACUGGUCAGCACAUAUACGUUGAUUUCAAUGGGAAUGAAAACAUACAAUUAAUUGUAACUACAUCAGGCUCUGGUUUUAGCCGAAGCUGGAACUUUUUAGUUACACAAAUUGCAUGUGCAUGUCCAACUAGAGCCCCUAGCGGAUGCUUACAAUUCUAUAAUACAACAACGGGAACUGUAAAUAGUUUCAAUUAUGGCGUAGGAAGCAAUAUUAUAAAUAGUAAUACAGGAUUGCCUGGUACUAGGGAAUUAGUUAAUGAAAACUAUGGCGUUUGCAUAAACAUGUUGCCAGGUUACUGUUCAAUUCAGUGGUCGUCUAAUGGUUUCAUAGUGACAGGUAUACCAGGAUCGGGUUACGACAAUUUAAUUGGUACUUCGUGUACCACAGAUUUUGUAAUAAUUCCGAAUCCUUAUUAUACCAACGGAACUGCUGUUAAUUCGGACCGUUUUUGUGGAACUUCUCUAACUACUGUUAUAAGUUCCCUGAAACCCUUUGUUCUCUACGUUGUCACAGAUGGAACUGAGGGAACUACUGGUAGUGAUGAUGUUGCAAAUACAGGUUUUUCUUUGACAUUUACUCAAUUGGCAUGCGCAAACACACUUUUUUAGAUUAGAAUAUUUUUGUAGUUUCUAUUCACUGAUAUUGCUUCAAUAAAGACUUAAAAG